AAAUGGAUCAACAACCGAAUCCCCUUACAGAUCAACUAUGGAAGUUAUUCAAAAGCGGUGCAGCAGAUCAUGCGUGAAGACACAGCGCAGUUCAACAGACAGUCCUGCGUGCCUGUCGUGGAGAUCAGGUGUACGGUGCCCUUCAGCGAAGUCUGCAUCUUGAUCAACCCGGACGUCUACAACGUCCCGAAUAGGGAAUAUUACCGCAAGAUGAUGGAGCCAGGAAUGCCUGAGUCUUCUAUCGGCAACUACUACGAGCUUAGCAAUUAUGCCGUCGAGAAAGCUGGCUUCCUGAGAGUACUCAUGGACAUUGUGGGUAUCAUGUCUGAACACAACUCAUACCAGCGCGACAUGUACAUCACGAUAACACCCAGCAUGGGCAGUAUCAUGGAAUAUUUCACGAAGGAUGAGAAGAAUUAUUUUAACCUCGUAUUUGAAGAAUACGACUACGAGUCAGCAACUCACAUCUCUGAGGAUUUGGCCUGGUCGAUAGCCAUGGUCAGAAUUACAUCUAAAGAUCCCAAACGCCCGGUACCGAAGACCAUACCAAGACGGCUGAGUAAGCUUGACAUGUUAAAGAUCGCUGACCUUCACGGUUGUAACGAGAGAACAACUACCACUAAAAAGCCCACGACUACAACCAAAAAGCCCACGACUACCACUAAAAAGCCCACGACUACUACUUCUACGACUACCACUAAAAAGCCCACGACUACCACUAGAAAGCCCACCACUACCACUAAAAAGCCCACGACUACCACUAAAAAGCCUACGACUACCACUAAAAAGCCCACGACUACUACUUCUACGACUACCACUAAGAAGCCCACGACUACCACUAAAAAGCCCACGACUACUACGUCUACCACUACCACUAAAAAGCCUUCGACUACUACUUCUACCACUACCACUGAAAAGCCCACGACCACCACUUCUUCCACUUCAACUACCACCAGAUUUGACUUUAAUUUCAUCAUCGACGGUAUGGAUGGUGGAGAUUUUGGUGUUGGUUUUUCUGACGCAACUACAACGUCAACCGUCAAGCCAACUACAACAGAAAACGACCCCAGGCUGCUAUGGAACUGGAAUGUGCAAAAUUCUUCAGUGGCAGUUCAGUUUCUGCCCAUGAAGUUGAUCAGCAACGUCUGGAUCCUGCCAUAUUUUCUUUAUUUGCAAAUUGAUUGUGGUCAGGCAGCAAAAUCCAACAGGUUCGACAUGAACGUCAUGUGA